AUGAAGCUCCGUGGUGUGAUCCUGGGCGCUCUGCUCCUCCUGCCUCUGGCGGGUUGCGGCAGCACAGCCAAGACCUCCGCCAUCGACCUGCGCACCUUCAUCGGCUGUGCCGUGCGCGAGUUCACCUUCCUGGCCAAGAAGCCUGGCUGCAGGGGGCUGCGGGUGACAACGGACGCAUGCUGGGGACGCUGCGAGACCUGGGAGAAGCCAGUGCUGGAGCCGCCGUACAUUGAGUCUUACCACCGCGUCUGCACCUACAACGAGACCAAGAUGGUGACGGUGAAGCUGCCCAAGUGUGCCCCCAACGUGGACCCCUUCUACACCUACCCCGUGGCCAUCCGCUGCGACUGCGACAUCUGCUCCACUGCCACGACUGAGUGUGAAACCGCCUGA